AUGCCACAGCCCGCCAACCUCACCAUCCACCUGCUCUGCAUGCAUGACAAGGACCGCGAAGCCUACCUACGGGCCGCCGCCCUCACCAGCCCGCCUUCCUUUGCCAGCAUCACCAUCCACAGCAGCUCCCUCUCCCAGCUGCCCGCAUCCGUGCGCCUUGACGCCAUCGUCUCCCCCGCCAACUCGUAUGGCCGCCUCGACGGCGCCUUUGACGAUGCCAUCUCGCGCGCCCUCUCGCCGACCGACGACUACCUCGCGCUGACCCGCACCGCGCAGGCCGUCCUCUACAAGGAGUACCGCGGAUGGGCGAUCCCGGGCUCCUGCACGCCCGUGCCCAUCCCGGCGGCCUUUGCGGCGCGGUCCAGGAACGUCUGGGGCGUGCGGCACCUGCUCCUCUGCCCGACGAUGCGCGUCCCCGAGGACGUCACCUGGGACAAGGAGGUCGUGUACCAGUGCGUGUGGAGCAUGCUGUGCGCGGUUGAGAAGCACAAUGAGACGGCGGGCGAGGAGGACAGGAUCGAGGCGAUCCUCAUGACGCCACUGGCGACGGGCGUGGGACGCGUCAGCGAGCAUGUGUGGGCGGCCCAGCUGCUGCUGGCGCUGCGGCACUACGACUUGGCGGUCGAGAACCCGGACGAGUUUGCCGCGCUCGACGUGGACAGGAUCUUCACGCUGGAUAGCGAGAUUCAAGAAACGUGCAGUGCCAAUCUACAUUACGACAAGCCGUUAGCCAAAAAGCAGUAG